UAGAUCUGCAUUACACUGUGUGCACAUGAACUAUUUCAAACCUCGUUUAACCAUCUUUGGUUUAACCAAACACUCGCUCAUCUAGUAAAACCGCUGCACGCAACGUUAACUAAACACUCGCCCAAUCACUAGGGAAGAGAUCGGGUGUGAAACCAGUGCUGCAAGAAAGAGUUUUACACACCCAUUGACAGGUAAAAUACUACAGCAAUAAUAUGGGCAAGCAACCAACUAAAACACCUGCUAGAGAGCCUGCAACAACUGCAGAUACCGAUCUAGUGACACUCAAUGUGGGAGGCAGUCUCUACACAACGACUGUUGCAACACUGACCCGCUAUCCAGACUCCAUGUUGUUUAGCAUGUACUUCGGUCUCAUCCCAACCCAACGGGACAACAACGGCCACUACAUCAUCGACGGGGACGGGCCCAUCUUCCGUCACGUCUUGAACUUCCUCCGCCGCUCCUCGCUCUGUCUUCCCAAUGACUUCAAGGAGUGGGACCUCCUGAGUGCGGAGGCAGAGUUCUUCAAAAUCAAGGAGCUGAUAGAUGAAGUGAAGUUGCUGAGGAAGGAGCGGUUGGUAGAGGGCAUCAGAUUCAGACAGGACACGGACACGGCAAUGGAUUACACGCCGCAACCAGCAUCUACUGAUGAUCAUAAGCCUUCAGAUCUAGUGACACUCAAUGUCGGAGGCAGUCUCUACACAACGACUGUUUCAACACUGACCCGCUAUCCGGACUCCAUGCUAGGUAGCAUGUUCGGUGGCAACAUCCCAACCUAUCGGGACAACAACGGCCACUACAUCAUCGACGGAGACGGGCCGAUCUUCCGCCACGUCUUGAACUUCCUCCGCCGCUCCUCCCUCUGUCUUCCCAAUGACUUCAAGGAGUGGGAUCUCCUCAGUGCGGAGGCAGACUUCUUCCAAAUCAAGGAGCUGAUAGAUGGGGUGGAGUCACUCAAAGAUGAGCGGUCAGCGGGAGAGGGCAGCAGACAGGAGAUGGAGUUCACUGAACUAAGUUUUGUCGAUAAUGGAGAGCUGAUGUAUAGAGGAACAGGGGUGACUCUCAGGACUAUCCCAACGUUAUGGCAGUUCUUUGAGGCACACGCCAAUAAAAACACAAAUAUUGCAGAUCGCGUUGAUGCUACAGGGACGAUCGUAUCGAAGCAAGGUGUUAGGGGAGUGGACCGCAUGAAAGUUUAUCAGGAGAUGACGCGACUGGGGUUCAGGCUGCUGGACUCUUCUGUAUGGGAGAACAAACAUGUUGAGAUAAAGCUGUUCGGUCGGAAUGCAAUUGGAAAUAAAUAUGGUGUCUGCUUUGCAUCUCAGAAUUCGUGUUUCUUCCAGUUAUCGCCAGUUAUAAUAAUAGUAGUGAGCCCUCUUAUGGAGGAUUUUCUAACCCUAAAGGUUGGAGGGUGUCUCUAUCAGACGACCCUAACAACUCUAAGAAAUCGACCGGACACAAUGCUUGCAAAGAUGUUCAGUUCUCGAUUCCUCUUAAAGAAAGAUGACGAGGGGAACUUUCUCUUAGACGGGGACGGCCCUACAUUCCGCCACAUCUUGAACUUCCUCCGAAGAUCGUGCCUUUGCCUCCCAGAGACAUUCGAGGAGUGGGACCUCCUGAAGACGGAGGCAGACUUUUUCCACAUCCAGGAUCUGAUCGAUGCGGCAGAUAUUCUGUUUGAAGAAAGGGAGGAGAGGAAGAAGCGAAAAGCAGAAGAGACGCAGUUUAUCCAGAUAGUGUCAAAGAGAGCGACCAGCGACGGGCACUUGAUCACGGGUUACAUUGGCUCGUUCAAUCUCUUGAAGGAGAUCGAUCCUCUGUGGGAGUAUUUUCAACAGUUCUAUUAUGACGAGUACACGCAUCUUUCUGUUGAAGAGUCCAUUGAGGAGAUUCUCGAGCACAGCCAGGGAAAGGAACUUACCGAUGGUGGGAUUUCAUCCGUAGAAAACUUCAAAAGUUUGGAUCCUCUGGCCACCUGUCAAACCAUAACACAGUAUGGCUUUGCUUUGAUCAAUACAACCACUCUCGCUCCAACCAAAACUCACUACGAUAUCCAGAAGUAUCUCUUUGGACGUACAGUCAAGAAAUAGAUCUUGGGUUGUUCUCUACAGGGCGAGUCAAAAAGAAGUUGACCACCGGGAUUGGUGAUGUUUUUCAAAACAAAAACAAAUUACACUUG